AUGGGGAAGUCGCAGUCGAAGCUUUCUCCGGCCCAGCUCGAUGAGCUGCAGAAGGCCACCCACUUCGACAAGAAGGAACUACAGCAGUGGUACAAAGGUUUCCUCAAAGACUGCCCCUCCGGAACGCUUACGAAAGAGGAGUUCCAGAAGAUCUACCGCCAAUUCUUUCCCUUUGGGGACCCAACCUCCUUUGCGAGCUAUGUCUUCCGCGUCUUCGACAAGGAUAAUAGCGGCAUGAUCGACUUCAAGGAGUUUAUCUGCGCGCUGUCAGUGACGUCGCGCGGCAAAAUGGAGGACAAGCUGGACUGGGCCUUCCAGCUAUACGAUAUUGACGGGGAUGGCAAGAUCAGCUACGAUGAGAUGCUGGCCAUAGUGGAGGCCAUCUACAAGAUGGUCGGAUCGAUGGUGAAGCUGCCCGAGGACGAGGACACACCAGAGAAGCGGGUGAGGAAGAUCUUCCGCAUGAUGGACAAAGACGAGAAUGGCAGUCUCGACCUUGAGGAGUUUAAGGAGGGCAGCAAACGCGAUGAGACUAUUGUCAGCGCCCUGUCUCUGUACGAUGGAUUGGUAUAG